AUGUCGGCGUCCACCACGGAGCUGUUCACCAAUGAGGGCACCCUCUAUCAGUACGCUGGGGAGGAGGGCGACCACCCCUACUACAAACCUCUCGGUGAUGUGGAUGCCUUCACCAUCUCCCUGGUGAAGCACAAGAAGGCUCCAGGCACUGCCGGCAGUGACAAGAGCAGUGUGGAGUACAUCAUCGCCGUGGCGGAGGAUGGGGAAAAUGUCUUUGAGCAGCCCAUCGGCGUGGACCUUCAGCUCUCCUACUCCGCCCCAGCUGCGUCCGUCCACUGGCCAGCGAUCAUUGAUGAACAGCUAGAGACCGUAGCAUUCCGCUUCGCCGCACCGGCUUCGCGUGCCGGGCAGGUGACAGCGCAGAUGCGCAUGCAGGAGUUUGUGGAGCUGUACAACCGCUGCACCUACAGCCUCCUCACCGGCUACGACGAGGUUGACCCGCAGGAUGAGUGGUACCAAUACCUCGGCGGCGCCACCACCCGCGAGGUCCGCAACGAAGACGCCACCGAAGCCGUGUUCGAGUUCGACGCUGCCCAGUUGACGAAGGCGAGCACAGGCUCUGGCAAUAUUUGCGCCGCGGAGUCGCUACAGUUUAACCGCAUCCUCGUUGUCAAGAAGGGCAACGAGGAGGCCAGUCUGGAGAUGCAGGCGCUGCCGCAGACGGAGCGAGGCUUUGACCGGGCCGCCAUGGAGAAACUCGUCGUGCGCGGCGUCGACGACACCUCCACCGGCACUCUUCUGGAGAACGGCGACGCCACUAUGCUGCUCUUCGGCGGUCGCAAGGCGGCGGUGCAGCAGCUGGAUCUCACGCGCGGCACCGUGGUGCAGGAGUACAAGCCAGCGGAUCUGCCCCUGCAGAGUGUAGCCUACGCAAACCACACAGCGGCGAGCUCCGGCUCUGUCUACACGUGUCUUGGCCGCAACGUUGCCUUCAACAUCGACGUCCGCAUGGACCCCCGCAACUGUGUUAUCAUGGAGGACGGGAAGCAGCCGACAGACUACGCCUUGUUGUCACUCCGGAAGGACUUCACCUGCCACGCCACCUCGCAGAACGGCUACCUCGUCAUCGGCGAUGGGUGUGGAAACAUCCGGCUCUAUACCGGCCCGCCUGGUGCACGCAAGCCAGACGGCGGGUACUUCCCGAAAGCUGCCAAGACGCUUUUGGACACCAAGAUGCCAAUCGUUGACAUUGACGUCACAGCCGAUGGCCAGUACAUCGUCGCGACCUCCACCUCGUUUCUGCUGUUCAUCGAGACCAAGUACGUGGACAGCAACGGCAAAGAGUCGACAGGGUUUCAAACUCGUAUGGGAGUGCAAAAGCCGCAGCCGAUCAUCCUUCAGCCUUCACCGGAGCAAACACUGCGCAUGGGUGGAGCUAGCAUGGUGCGCUUCCAAAGUGCGAAGUUCGACCGUUUUCCUGGCACCAAAGAGCUGUGCGUCACUGCCAGCUGCGGGGACUACCUACUGACGUGGUCGCUGCGCGCGAUUGAGUCGUCGCAGCAGAGCGGACGCGCCGUUGUGAACUCCGCCGUGGCGGUGGGACAGACUGUCCUGUCGACCUCUGCGAACCGUGCUUCGCAUGUCGGCUUCCUUACCGGCAACGGCGUCGGCGUCGUACCCGUGCAUGAAGCGAAGAUGAUGAGUAGGGCGUGGACAUGGGGAGCCAAAUAA